AUGGUCCUCGAGGCCGACAGCGGGAGUCCGUACGAGGACAAUGGGCUCGUGCUGGCUCAGACGAUCAGAGAAAAACAGGCCCAGCAGAAGGCCUUCCAAAGCCACAUCAGCACCAUGUUCAUGCACUUACAAAAGGACCCCUGCCGUAACUGCCUCAACCACUUCCACACGACGCAAGAAUGCGACCAGCCCUGCGGCCAUUGCGGCCAGGACUGGCACACGGCCGACGCCUGCACGAGCUCCAGGCGCAACCGCUGCCGCUGCCGCCCGUUCCCGCAAAGGCACCUCGUCAAGCGGUGCCCCGCCCCGCACGCCGCGCCCCUCGUCACCGCCAUGAUGUGCAAGGCCCGCUGCUGCAUGUGCGGCCUCCCCGGCCACGCCGGCCGUGACUGCCACCUCAAGACCUGCCGCUGCGGCGAGCAGCACCUUACCCUCGUCCACAUGCCCAUGGACCGCCAGUGCGCCGUCGUCGACUGCCCGCGCUUCUUCUGCACAAGCCACUGCCAGGUCUGCCGCGCCGACGUCGGCAAUGCAAGGGACGGCGACGUCUGCCGGCAAUGCCAUGCGGAGCGGCAACGCAUCUGCCCGCCCGCGAGGCCGCCGGCGUUCCACGACGGCCAACCCAACUUUGAGCACCUGGAGGCAGCGAUGGCAUGGGGUAACAGCGUACACGGCGAGGCUAUUUUCGGCAAAAUAAUUGCGUUCAAUCCAUAG